AUGUUGAUAUCGAUCGACAAUUCGCUCCCUCUAUAUCUACCGAAUCGAAUGAUCCUCGGAAGGAUUGGAUCUGUUCCUUUGUUGCUUGCAUCCCUUUCGUGCUUUCGGAGCACUGGAACAACGGCGAUGACUGUCUCCAAAACACCACCGGUUUCCGGUGCCUUGUCGCGAUUAGUGUUUGGCAAGGACGACGCGUUGUUCGGAUGGAUUGAAGAGCAGCAAGAAGGCCGUGAUUUUGGAAAAGUUUUGGAUGCUGGGACGGGUCUGCAUUCACUCCGAUGGCUGGCUACUUUGGAGCUGAAGGGCAUGGUCAGUGUAGACGCAAUUACUGCCGAUAGAACGAUGCAGAAGAAUGUUCAACAAGAGGUGGAUGCGCUGGGAGUGUCGCAUCUGAGUCGCGUAUUGAUAGGUAACUGGUUUCCUGAUAGUAUUACCGAACCCGAUCAAAAUCCGUUGCUGCAGGAUAUCUCCAGCGACUAUGACGUUAUUCUGGCGGACUAUUUAAUUGGAGCGAUGGACGGGUUUUCUCCCUACAAGCAAGAUCAGAUGAUCUCGCAACUAGUAGGGCUGCUUAAACCCGGGGGACGCUUGUAUGUUGUGGGUCUACAACCAAUACCCGACAAGACACCUGGUAACGAUGCCGCGAAUGUCAUUUGUCGUGUUCGACAAGCACGUGAUGCCUGUAUACUGCUCGCAGGUCACCGGUGUUAUCGGGAGUAUCCGGUAGACUGGGUACAAAGACAGGUGGAGGAUCACCCUGAUCUCGAGCUGCUUCCAUCCCGACAAUUUCCUAUCCUAUACAGACAUGAGACCAUUUGCAAGCAAAUACAAGUGGGGAGGAGUAAGUUCAAACUCUUUCGGCCCGAAUUGGUAUCCUCAAUGGGGGCGCUAUUGGAUGAUCUCGAGAAGCAAAGCUUCGAGGCUACUUCUAAAGCUCCAAACGGAAAAAUUCAGCUUGGAUUCGAUUAUGUCGUAACAGCUGAGAAGAGAUUUUGA